ACAGCGCUGCGGGCAGACAGAUGUCGGAUGUUAUAGGGAACGUGGUGAGGCUGAUGGGAAUGCCAACCGCCCCCACCACUCUGCUCCACCUGGUUUCCCAACGAGUCAGUGGCUGUCAGGACGCCUUUCACUUCGACAGCAGUUCGCUGUAGAGCCUCCCCCACCCCCAAGGCGUGAGCAUGGAAUCACAAAAUUGUUUGAGUUCCGUACCGGUGCUGGAUUAGCUUAGUCAGCACUUCAUUCCCUGUCUUAGGAAAACAUGGCACAAGGCUUUGCCAGCCGCUCAGCUCCGGUCCUUAUCUCCCAUCUAAUGCUCCUAUCCGCAAGGCCAAUUACCCUGCUAGCGGAGGGGAUUACAUCAACGCGGCGCUGUCCUUGACUGUCCCCUCUGUGGCCGUGAGUUUGUCAUCGGCUGUUCCUCCCCAGCCGUCUCCCUGCAUCCAUACAGCCCCCCUGCAGACUCCUGUCUCUGCUAGGUGCUGCUCACCAGGAGGGCUGGAUGCACAGCAGGCUGUGAGUCAGCUUCCUGCUGGCUGGGCAGCCGGCGGGGACACAGGGGCAGGAAUUCCUUCUGGACACCAGGCACAUCCUGCUUCCCUUUGCCACGGGCCUGGCACACGGCUGGCAGCAUCUCCCUGGCGGCUCCUCAGAGCCGGGCAGUUCCUCCUUCCCACGAACCAUCCCUGUCCCCAGCAAGGUGAGGAUGGUGGUGAUCAAAGCCUCAUGAAAGAGCUGCCGGGGGAGGGGGGCUGCGUAUCAGGAAUCAGCCCAGGCUCCCUGGGGACAGGAUCAUGUUCGUGCCAGAUGUGUCCCUGCUCCGGAGGAAUGUGAUUAAGGCCGCCUAGAGUGGCUCUCACAGGGCAACAUGGAGCAGUGCAGCACCUGCUCCCCCAGAGAGCACUAGAGUGGUGUCAGGGGCACCUCCCCUGGCUGUACCCAAGGAGUGUGAGCUGUGCUUCUCCUGCUCCCAUGGCGGUGCUGGGCAGACCGAGUCCCUAAGCAGCUGCCUUCCUGCAGAUAGGGCCCCCGGUCCUAUUCACCCAUCCUGAUAUUCUCUUGCAUGUCCCGGCUGAGGUCCCUGCCCCUGCUCCCAUCACACUGGUGCAUGUUUCUGAGGGGCCAAAGUGUGGUUUGCACAGCUGGGCUAGGAGAAAUGCAGCUCUGCUGAUGAGAUCACUGAAUGGAGGAGCUGAGCCGCUCAGGGCUGUAAUUACAGUAGGAGCACGCAGGGAUGAGGCCAGCCGAGCACAUCCACCUAAUUUCCUCUCCCAUUACGCCUGCCCUGCUUUUGUUUGACCCAGACCUCGCUAUUAAUGGUGUGUGUGCCAUGAGCUCACAGAUGGCUCCGUUACAAACAGCCUAGACCACGCGUGUGAGCGGGGCUGUGCUCACACACAGCACUGCAGUGUAGCUCGUGCUUCAGAAGGGUAUCAGCCAGCUGCGGGCAUCACUCCGGCCAGACCAAUCUGGCCUUUGUCCCUGGCUGCACAAGAAGGGAGAUGUCACCCUGCCAGCACCCAAAGUCACGGCUGAGGUCUGGGGGAUGGCAACCAGCUCUGUAAGGCUGGGGCAGGUCUGAGCCUGCUGUUCCCAUGGGGAGGGAGGUUUGUGUCCGUGUCCAGGUACCUGCAGCUCGGCCCUUUCUCCUCCCUCAGAGCAUUUCCCUGAGCUGGUGAGUGCCUUAUUUCAGUGCAUGGAGGGCAGAAAGGGGCAGAGCGGGGGGGCUGGGGCUGCAGCAGGAAUGUAUGGAGUCCAAGUGAAGUGUGAUUCACUUGUUGUGAUGUUUGAAUUUACUUUUCUAAAGUUUGAGGGGCUGGAAAGCAGACAGCUGGGCUCAGGCAAGAACAGACAGAGAUACAGAGGAAGGGGAAACCUGUCAGUGGCAUAGACCCCCAGGUUUGCCAUGGAGCUGGUCUUGGCCAUCAAUGUUCUUAACUUCCCAUCUGUGUAGCCAUGGGAGCAUUGCCAGCGCUGUCUCCCAGCAGAGAUGUGCCAGCCCCUCCUGGCUGCAGAGAGCAAACAUGGCUAACUGAGAAAAUAGCUUGAGCAUACUUGGACACAGGUGGCAAAGACAGAAAACCAAAUAGUUUCUAUAAACACACAAUGGUUUAAAAUAAUACGACUGAUAAUUUGGGGAACGGGCUUCCUAUUUUUAGGAUUUCUCCAGACAAGCAAAGCUGGCAGCUUAUUUUUGUAUAGGCAGCAGAGGCAGGAGAAGCUGCAAGUCAGAAUGUAGACAUAACUGAGCAACUUGCAAGGAGCAGGAGGACGUCUGUCCCAUCCCAGAGCAUCCCCCUGGGCUGGGCUGGGGCACAGGCACCCAACUGCUCCCCCUGCAGGGUGUAUCGCUGCGGUUCCAGCCCUCCAGAUGAGCUCUGAUCCUGGCUGCCAGCCCUCCGCCCCUAUGGAGGCCCUUUACUCUGCCCUUGAAGGUGAAAUCGAUGCCUUUGUGGGGCACGUGCAGCAGUGCCAGCACGGCUUUGACCUGCAUUCCCUGUACAAAGUGCUGCUGCUGGUGCUGCCGCACAGCCCCUCAGGGAGGCUGGACAGCUGGGAGGACCUGGAGCAGUUUUCCAAGCACCUGCCCGGCUCGCCAAGCCCUGAUGUGUGUGGCUACGUGAGCUGGCUGGGCUCUUACCUGCAGCACCUGCGAGCCAUGAAGGAGAGGUUUGACACGAGGGUGGUGUUCCGGCUGUGUGAGCAUCUGUAUGUGCAUGAGGAGCUGCACCCCCCAGCCUCCAUCCCACACCUGGCCACGCUCCUCUUCACCCACCGUCGCAACUGGGCACUGCUGCUGCGUGGAGGGACGCUCCACGAGCGGGUGUUCAGCCCCUGCAGCCUGUGUGACCUGCGUGGCUUUGCCAAUGCAGGGCCGGUGGUGAAGGUCCUGCGGCUGCUCCCUGAUAUCUUCCACCAGAGCCUGGCCACAGCUGAGCUUGCCAGGCAGUGGGUCCAUCUGCACCGCAGCAGGUACAGGCUCUGCCCAACUCCAGGCUCCAUAAAGCCAAGCAGUAAGACCCCCCAGCCCCCAGACUCUCCCAUCCCAAUGCAGCUUUGGGGAGCAGGGAGCAGUACUGGGGCACUGCGAGCCCAGCUGUGGGAGAGCCGGGAGGAGCUGCUGGUCCUGCUGCCCCGUGCUGAGCGAGCAGCCGCCCUGCACACCCAGAUCCGCAGCGUCACCCAGCGCAUCCGUGCCCUGCGCCUGCAACUGCAGUGCCAAGGGAUGGAACCCGGGUAUGUGGGACGUGGGGGGUGUGCACCUCCAGCUGCCCCAGUGGAGGAGCUGCAGAAGCACCUGGAGCUGGAGGAGUACCACCGCGGCAUCCUGGUGGCUGACUGGCUGCUGGAGCUGGAGGUCAGGCCCGUCCUUGUCCACAGGAUCGAUGCGGUUCAGCAGCGCUGCCAGCACCUGGAGAGGAUGCUGUGGGGCCGGGAGUUGGCUGUCCCACAGAGGGAGCAGCCUCGGAGCAGGAUGACCACCAUCCCUGCUCAGCCCCCUGCCACCUACCCCAUGCCAGCAGGCAAACCCGGCCCCAGGAGCAGCCAGCAACACUGACUGUAGGAAGUGAUAAUCCUGUGCCCCACAGCAGCACCAGCACCUACCCCCAGGCUGGAGCCAGCUCAGUGGGACCUGGAAGAGUGCUGGGGCAGGACUGAAGGCUGUCUGCCCAGAUUGGCUCACAUCUGGGAAGAAAGCAUGGAGGGAAAGUGUAUUUAAUGAUGUUUCCUCUGUACUCAGCUGCUUGGUGUGUUUUUGCAGGCUGGGUAAAGAGAUCAGCUCAUGUGUUGCUGAACAUGCAUGUAUGAAUGUG